AUGUGCACACCGGGCAUGGAGGACGUUGAUCAUGUUGAUCGUUACAUGGACUUCCAUGAUCAAUACCUCGUGUUUGAUCCCGCGGUGUCACCGCACUAUGAGGUCUUCUUAAGCAAGUAUGUUCCCUUUAUUCCGUUGUCAGAUAUUAACAAAUUGGUGGGUCCUCGUAUACAAGAGAGAGAAUGGCCACCGUCGAUUUUUGUUUUGCUUGUCUUCUCAUCGGGGACAAAGAAGUGGGAGGAGAGAUCUUUUGUUCGUGAAGGGGAGGCCGCGGGGACCAUUCGCAACAUGUUACACCUUCCUCCGUCCAACCACUGGUAUGCGGCAUACUGGCAGGGAUCACUUUACUACCACCAACAUGGCGUGUUCAUGAGAGUAAGCUUGUCAACCGAUAAUUACCAAGUAAUUAAGCCGCCGAAAGGUUCCCAGAAAUACCUUUCAGGCCAUUAUUUAGGAAAAUCUAAGAAUGGUGUAUAUUGUGCAUUACUUUAUGGCCCCAGACUUCGGAUUUGGUACCUCGUCGAAACAGGUGAUCAGAUGAAAUGGGUCUUAAAGUGCAGCAUCAAUGAUAGUUAUAACGACAAGACUCUACUUGGAUUUCAUCCAAACAAAGAGACCGUCUUUGUCUUCCAAAGACCCUUCAAAAGAGUAAUGGCUUAUCAUUUCAAUAGCUCCAAGACCGAAGACUUGGGCCCCUUAACUGCAAACCGCGUAUGGCUGUCUUUCCCAUACACAUUGUGUUUGAUGGGAGAGCUUUCAAGCAACAAGCAGUAG